AUGGUGAAGGCCAGUGGGAAGUUAGCUGAUGGAUUUUCAGGAGAGCGCGGCGGCAGGGGUGGUAUUGGCAGCGUUCGUGUGCUCGGGUGUGAAUCGCCGAGGGAGGAGGCAGUGGAGGAAGAGGUGGCGGGGGUCGUAGCGGUGGCGGAGGAGGCGGGUACGAAUCAGCUGCGGGCGGAGACAUGGCCAACAUCGCGGUGCAAAAAUCAAAUUAAAGUAGAUCUUGUAGAUGAGAAUUUUACAGAAUUAAGAGGAGAAAUAGGACCUCCAGACACACCAUAUGAAGAAGGAAGAUAUCAACUAGAGAUUACAAUACCAGCAACAUAUCCAUUUAAUCCCCCUAAGGUCCGGUUUAUCACUAAAAUAUGGCAUCCUAAUAUUAGUUCUGUCACAGGGGCUAUUUGUUUGGAUAUCCUGAAAGAUCAAUGGGCAGCAGCAAUGACUCUCCGCACGGUAUUAUUGUCAUUGCAAGCAUUACUGGCAGCUGCAGAGCCAGAUGAUCCACAAGAUGCAGUAGUAGCAAAUCAGUACAAACAAAAUCCCGAAAUGUUCAAACAGACAGCUCGACUUCGGGCACAUGUGUAUGCUGGAGUACCAGUUUCUAGUCCAGAAUACACCAAAAAAAUAGAAAACCUAUGUGCUAUGGGCUUUGAUAGGAAUGCAGUAAUAGUGGCCUUGUCUUCAAAAUCUUGGGAUGUAGAGACUGCAACAGAAUUGCUUCUGAGCAAUUCUCAGAAUUGCUUCUGA